AUGAAGUGGCAUUUUCUUAUAUACCAUCUGUCCGUGGCCUUAGCUGGUCGGGCGAAGCCCCUGGUCUCACCGGAUGAAUUUCCCUCCAUGAUUCGGUUGGAAGACCUCCUAAAGGGGACUCAACAGCUUGAGGAUUUCGCUUAUUCGUAUCCUGAGCGCAACCGUGUCUUUGGCAGCGCAGCACAUAACGAUACCGUUGACUUCCUCUAUCGCGAGUUGAAGAGGACCGGCUACUAUCAUGUGUGGAAGCAACCACAGGUGCACACAUGGACCAAGGCAGAGUCCUCUCUGAUGGUCGACGGCGAGUCGAUUGAAGUGGCUGCCAUGACAUACAGUCCCAGCGUUGAUGUUACCGCAGAACUGGCAGUGGUCUCAAACCUCGGAUGCAGUGCGACGGACUACCCGAAUGACGUGGCUGGUAGAGUCGCCCUAGUCAAGCGUGGAGAAUGUACUUUCGCAGACAAGUCGGUGCUGGCCGCAGCCGCCAAUGCAGCCGCAGUACUUGUCUAUAACAACGUUGCAGGGGCUCUUAGUGGAACGCUGGGCGGAGUAUCCAGUGACCAUGGAUCUUUUUCCGCUAUUGCGGGAAUCUCUGAUGCUGACGGCGAGACCCUACUCAGUGCGGCAGCGAAGGGCGUGGUGACCGUGUCUCUUGAGAUCGACAGCAAAAUCGAGAAUCGCACUACAUUUAACGUGAUUGCAGAGACCAAAAGCGGUGAUCACAAUAACGUCGUCUCAUUGGGAGGCCACACAGACUCAGUCGAAGCAGGCCCGGGCAUCAACGAUGACGGCUCGGGAAUCAUCAGUAAUCUUGUGGUCGCACGGGCGUUGACACGAUUCGCCGUCCAGAAUGCCGUGAGAUUUUGCUUCUGGACGGGGGAGGAGUUUGGCCUGCUGGGUAGCGAGUUCUACACCUCACAGCUGGACUCUGAUGAACUAGCAAAAAUCAAGCUGUACCUCAACUUUGAUAUGAUCGCCUCGCCCAACUACGCGCUCAUGAUCUAUGAUGGCGACGGAGACGCCUUCAACCAGACUGGACCAGCGGGCUCUGCCCAGAUCGAGGGUUUGUUUCAGGACUAUUUUACUUCGAAGAAUCUACCGUAUAUUCCAACCGCCUUCGAUGGCCGAUCCGACUACGACGGUUUCAUCUCUCGUGGAAUCCCUGCAGGUGGGCUUUUCACUGGUGCUGAAGGCAUCAAGAGCAAUGCAGAGGCAAAAUUGUUCGGUGGCCAAGCGAACAUCUCCUACGAUGUGAAUUAUCAUGCUGCUGGAGAUAACUUCACCAAUCUCAACCAUGAGGCAUUCCUGAUCAAUUCCAGGGCUACAGCUUUCGCCGUCGCAACAUACGCCAAUAGCCUUGCUUCAAUACCUCCCCGGAGUAAAACACCCGCCAGGCGAGAGGUCAAGAAAAGAGCACCUCGGUCGCAUGCCUACACGAAGAACACCGGAUGUUUCCAUUCUCAGGUCGAAAAGUAA